GUCGCAGAAUGUGCUGAUUAGCCAAUGGGGCUAAUCGGAAGGCAGGUACCAUAAGUCAACGUUGGAGUUAGUUGUAGGAAUAGUCUGUCACGAUUCGCCUCCUGUUGCAUAAAGGUGGCCCAGAGUAUUACAGUUAAUCUACUGUUGUGUCACCUGACAAUAUCAAUAUGGACCCAAGAAAGUCUCCUAAUAUCAGCGAUAUGAUGGGCGUUCUUUGGCUGGGACGAGGAAGAGGACUACAGUCUGAGGAGUUGGGUGUAGGACGUAGCAGAGGGCUGUUGAUCCCUACAGAAGAGCCUACUGUUGAACAAAUUAGAGUUGGACAAACCAGCCCUGGUGCUGAUUUACAAGGACAAGGAGCAGCCCUGCCCACUUCUGAACCAGGGAUGGGACGAGCUACAGGGCUACAGCCUAGUGAUUUAAAACUCGGCCGAGCCAGGGGGUUGUUCUUCCCAGCAGCUCAAACAAAGGUAGGUGUGGCGAGAGGUGGAAUCCUACCUCAGCUGGAGCCAGAGCACCGACAUACACCUUCGACUGAGGAAUUGACAUCAGAUCUACCUUGGGAUGCUCCUACUAAGGCAACAGAAGAGAUUGUCACGCCAACCAUUGGUCAAGGUUCAUCAUUGAUCUCAAUGUUUAGAGGAAUGGGCAUCGAGCCAUCAAUGGCUACAACUGGAAGAGGAGUGUCACCACUGGGGAGAGGAGCAGUUGGAGAUAUACGAGACGUGAAACUGCAGGGUGUCCCAGGAGGUGUCCUCCACAGCCCAGAGAGGGUCGUCCAGUCUGGAGACAUGCUUGGCAGAGGCAGCAGUUUCCAUGGCCGGGGAUUGUCCCCUCAGGGGAUGGUGGGGCUUGGAAGAACCGCGAUGCCGCAGCUUGGAGUUGGAAGAGGACGCAGUUUGCUUGCUUCUCUCCCUCCAGGUCAGGUCCAGUCUGUUUCUCAGUCGCCUGGGCCACAAAUGGCCCUAAGCCCUCAGGCUUCACAAACAGGAACUGCCGCCCCUGUACCAACUAUUCAAGAGGCCCUUGAGCUUUCUACUUCACCAGCAAAGAAGGAACUGGUAAUGGAGGCAGUCCAUGUGCCUCUUAAUAAGGUGGGAACAAAAGGGUCUCCCAUAACUAUUGGGACAAACCACAUCCCAAUUAGAUGCAAGAAUGAAGCAGUGUAUCAGUACCAUGUCACCUUCACACCAAAUGUUGAGUCAAUGGCAAUGCGUUUUGGCAUGAUGAAAGACCACCGCCCAACCACAGGGGAUGUAGUGGCAUUCGAUGGCUCCAUACUGUACCUGCCUGUUAAGCUGAAUGACGUGGUGGUUCUCAAGAGUUUGAGACGGACCGAUAAUGAGGAAAUACAAAUCAAAAUCCAGAUGACGAAGAUAUUGCCUCCCAGCUCUGAUCUUUGCAUCCCAUUCUACAACGUAGUCCUCAGGAGGGUAAUGAAAAUCAUUGGACUGAAGAUGGUUGGCCGUAACCAUUAUGAUCCAGAGAGCGCAGUCAUUCUUGGAAAGCAAGGGCUUCAAGUGUGGCCGGGCUUUUCCACCUGUAUAAAGCGCACAGAUGGAGGUCUGUACCUGUCUGUGGACGUUUCCCACAAAGUUUUACGGAAUGACUCUGUGCUGGACGUCAUGAACCGCUUGUACCAGCAGAGCAGGGAGAACUUCCAAGACGAAUGCACCAAAGAACUCGUCGGUAGCAUCAUCAUCACCCGCUACAACAACCGGACGUACCGCAUUGAUUCCAUUGACUGGAACAAGUCGCCAAAAGACACCUUUGCUAUGAUGGAUGGUUCAACAACCACCUUUGCAGAGUACUACAGCAAGAACUAUGGGAUUACAAUCAAAGAGCUGAGCCAGCCUUUACUCAUGCAUCGGCCGAAGGAGAGGUCCAAGCCAGGAGGGAAGCAACUCAUUACUGGAGAGAUCCUUUUAGUGCCAGAGCUUUCCUUCAUGACGGGAAUCCCUGAGAAGAUGAGGAAGGACUUCAGGGCUAUGAAGGAUUUGACCAUGCACAUCAAUGUGAGCAGUGAGCAGCACACCCACUCAAUAAAUCAGCUUCUGAAGAACAUCAGCGGUAACCCUGAGAGUCUGAAGGAGCUCAGCCGAUGGGGACUAGAGUUUGGCUCAGACGUUGCUGUGAUGAAAGGUCGAACUCUGCCCCUAGAGACCAUCUGUCUGCAGUCUUCAACUUUUGUCACUAGCACUGAUAUGUCCUGGUCCAGAGAGAUCGUGAGGGAUUCUUCGAUCAGCUCUAUCCCCUUGAGCAUUUGGGCUAUCUUCUACCCUCGACGCUGUGCGGAGCAAGCUGACGAGAUGAUUUCCACUUUUAACAAGGUGGCCGGUCCUAUUGGGGUAAGACUGGAACGACCCAUUCGCGUGGAGCUGAAGGAUGAUCGGACUGAGACUUACAUUAAGAGCAUCCACUCUCAGCUUAUCAGUGAGCCCAACAUGCAGCUGGUAGUUUGCAUCAUGGUCGGCAACAGAGACGAUCUCUACUCUGCCAUUAAGAAGCUGUGCUGUGUUAAAAGACCCGUCCCUUCUCAGGCUGUCAAUGUCAGAACUAUUUCCCAACCACAGAAGUUGAAAAGUGUCGCCCAGAAGAUACUCCUGCAGAUGAACUGCAAAUUAGGAGGAGAGCUGUGGACUGUUAACAUUCCUCUGAAACACCUGAUGGUAGUUGGAGUUGAUGUCCACCAUGACACCAGCAAGGCACUUCAGUCAGUCAUGGGCUUUGUUGCAAGUGUGAACAGUUCGCUGACCCGCUGGUACUCCAGAGUGAUUUUCCAGACACCGUCUGAGGAGCUGAUCAGUGGUUUCAGAGUUUGCUUACUGGCAGCCCUGCAGAAGUACUAUGAGGUGAACCACAACUUGCCAGAGAAGAUUGUGGUUUAUCGGGAUGGUGUGUCAGACAGUCAGCUGAUGAUGGUGGAGCAGUACGAGAUCCCACAGUUGAUCAAAUGCUUUGAGACUCUCCCCAGCUACGAGCCCAAGCUGGUCUUCAUUGUGGUUCAGAAGCGCAUCAGCACCACUCUCUACUCCUGGGCUUCAAACAGCUUUGGCACUCCUCCACCUGGAACUGUCCUGGAUCACACCCUCACUCAGAAAGACUGGGUGGACUUCUAUCUGAUGGCACAUCACAUUCGCCAGGGCUGUGGACUUCCUACACACUACAUCACUCUGUACAACACAGCAAACCUCACACCGGACCAUUUGCAAAGGUUGACAUUCAAGAUGUGCCAUCUAUACUGGAACUGGCCGGGCACCAUUCGUGUUCCAGCACCGUGCAAAUAUGCCCACAAACUGGCUUACCUCUCUGGCCAGUACCUGCACUCAGAGCCGGCCGUCCAGCUGUCCGACAAGCUCUUCUUCCUUUGAGCGGUACCAGUGACUACGACGAGUAAAUGGCAUUGGUGAAUGAAUGAAUGAAUCACCGCAGCUUACCAAUAUGUGAGACACCAGUUGGAAGUGGCUCAUGGCGCUCUUUGACUGUUAGCUUCUCUAUCUUCAAUGUCUUCCAUACUAAUGAAAAUUAGCAAGUUUAUGAUAGUUGUUAUUUUUCUUCCACCUUUAUUUCAUUCAGUCUGGUGUAGCUGUUGCUUUGAUUGUAGUCUGAGUUCUACAUUAUAUAUGGUUGAAUUAAGUUCACGAUUUUAUUUAUUUUUACUUCUACUAUUAUGGGCUUUGCAGAGCCAGGAAGAGUAUUUCCUCUUUGACUGACAAGAUUGUUCAAACUAGUUGUCCUGUCCUUGCUGUUGGUGAAGAGUGACUUUAAAGUUUAGAACUGCUGAUGGUCAAGCCAGGGAGAAGCUUCCAUCAGCAGUUCUCAAGUAUGUUUUCAUUUUUAUGUGGUCAAAACAGGUUACAUGCUCAUUUCACUUUCAUUGUAAAUUAUUUUGAUGUCAUUUUUUUAUACCCAAAAAGAUGCCAUGGUUCUAGCUUCACAUAUGUGCCACCAUAUAAUAAAUGUUAAUAAUAAAUAAAUAAAUGUUACCAGUGUAAUCACUUAAAGGGCAUGACUAGCCUGACUGCACUGGCUCA